AGACCCCACUUGCGGUCCUUAGCUUCCUGCCCAGUAACUCCUAGCCCUGGCCUCCUCGUGGCGUCGACUGGGAUACGAGUAACCUUAGUGAAGAUCGGGUAACCAACCCCGGUGGGAACUUUGGUCGUAUGCUGGCAGGGAAGGGGGGGUUACCCUUCUUCGGAAGGUGUAAACCUGUCCUGGUGCCCAGGUGGGACCUUAAGCAGUCCUGGCACGAUGGCCCACCGGCGAGACAGGUGGUUGGCGUAGGCCCUAUAAGCCACCCCUUAAAAAAACCCACAUAACGAACAAUACAGAAGAGAAUACGACCCAGAACAAUCGGCAACGACCCAGGCGACGAAUAAAGGAUCACGAUUGGAAACUCGGAACAUGGAACUGCAGAUCGCUCGGCUUCGCAGGAUGUGACAGGAUAAUCUACGACGAGCUACACCCCCGCAACUUCGAUAUCGUGGCGCUGCAGGAACUUUGCUGGACGGGACAGAAGGUGUGGAAAAGCGGGCAUCGAGCGGCUACCUUCUACCAGAGCUGUGGUACAACCAACGAGCUGGGAACCGGCUUCAUAGUGCUGGGCAAGAUGCGCCAACGUGUGAUCGGGUGGCAGCCGAUCAACGCAAGGAUGUGCAAGUUGAGGAUCAAAGGCCGUUUCUUCAACUACAGCAUCAUCAACGUGCACUGCCCACACGAAGGGAGACCCGACGACGAGAAAGAAGCGUUCUACAUGCAGCUGGAGCAGACAUACGACGGUUGCCCUCUGCGAGACGUGAAAAUUGUCAUCGGCGACAUGAACGCACAGGUAGGAAGGGAGGCAAUGUACAGACCGGUGAUCGGGCCUAACAGCCUGCAUUCCGUAUCAAAUGACAACGGCCAACGAUGUGUGAACUUCGCAGCCUCCCGUGGAAUGGUAGUCCGAAGCACCUUCUUCCCUCGCAAAGAUAUCCACAAAGUCACCUGGAGAUCACCGGACCAAGUAACAAAAAAUCAAAUCGACCACGUUCUAAUCGACGGUAGAUUCUUCUCGGACAUCACAAACGUCCGCACUUAUCGCAGUGCGAAUAUAGAUUCGGACCACCACCUGGUUGCAGUAUGCUUGCGCUCAAAACUUUCGACAGUGCAUAGCUCUCGUCGAAGCCGAACGCCGCGGCUAAACAUCGAGCGGCUACAAGAUGGCAGAGUGGCUCAAGAAUACGCGCAGCAGUUGGAAGUGGCACUACCAACGGAAGAGCAGCUAGGCGCAGUUGCCCUUGAAGAUGGCUGGAGAGAUAUCCGAUCCGCCAUAGGUAGCACCGCAGCCACUGCACUAGGUACGGUGGGCCCGGACCGAAGAAGCGACUGGUACGACGGCGAAUGCGAGCAGUUAGUCGAAGAGAAGAAUGCAGCAUGGGCGAGAAUGCUGCAACACCGCCGCCUAAUGAUGAACGUGGAGGCCGUUUGCUGA